GAAAAAUACAAUGCCGAUAUCGAUAAGAUGAGGCUGUCGGAGAAACUGGAAACAGUAUCAAAACAUUUGCUGAGUCUGGAAGACGCCUUCAACGACGUGCAUAAGAAGUAUGAACGUGCAAAAGUUACUAUAGAGCUUUUGAAUCGCAACACGGAGAUUUUGAAAAGUAGCAUGCACGAUCACGAAGAGUGCAUGCAGCAAAAACAGCAACAAUUUGAUCGGUUGAAGGAUCACGCCGUGGAAAGACUUAACCAAGCCAACGUUCAGCUCGACCUGGCCGAGAAAAGUUUCGCCUCCGAGCGCUCGUCUCUGCUCGAAGCUUUGAAAAACAGUGAAAUUCAAGCUCGGCAACUCAGCGGUCAGCUGGAGCAGAAAGAUCGAGAGAACGCCGAACUGUUCAGAAUCUGCGACUUCCUUUUGCAAACUUUCAAGGAGCCGAAGAACUAUUCUUCCGACGACUUGAUUCAGUCCAAUGUGACCAAGUGGUUAAACGAUACGCGUACGGUUUCCAAUGUGGACGACGUGCGAAAAGUGGAGUAA